AUGGCGGAUCGGAGGGCUGAACUAGAAAGCACGCAGUUAAAACUACAGAUAAAAUUUAUGAAAGAUCUGAUCGACAGUGCGAAGAGUAAGAGACACAACCCAAAUCAUAAUUAUGAGAAGUCGUAUCACAGAGCGAAAUCAGCAUGGACGUCUGACAUAAGUUAUAAAAAGAGAGAGAACGUUUUACCAGCAGAGUUGUCCCAUGGAAGUGCAAGAAAACUGUCUACAAGAGUUACAGGAAAGGUUUCUUAUUACCAAAAACAAAUACAGACUGAUCGAUCAAAAUACUCAUUUGUUCGUGCUUCCAGUGCUCCUGUGGCCAUAACAUCAGAGAGCGUUUUCCAUAAAACACAAAAUGUUUCUUCAGUUAAUUCAGCUAUCACAGCCAUUCAACCUUCAUGCUCAAGUUCAGGCGAAGGCACAUCUGAAAGUCUUUCUCCCAAGAAAACACCAAUGGCCAGCAGCACAUUAGAUCUGAACGAACAUUCUCUUGAGUCUCUGAGGAAAAUACUAGCUGCUAAAAUGGAAGCCAAAGCUGCAAGAAAAGCUAAAGCAGCAUUAUUGCAAUCAGAUUCCUCCAAAAAACAUACAGCAAACAGGCCCACACACAACAAAAGUCACAAUUCACUGACUACACCUCAUGUUACUACACAGAAACAAGAUACUGUCACAUCACACCAGACCAGUGUAAAAAUUACUGGCACACUAAUGAGAGGAGAUGAUUCAAAAAAUGUGGAGAUCGUAUCAAAUAAUAAACGCAUUCAAAGCAGACCUCAAAUUGAUCAAGAACCAUCCUUUCAUUUGAAAUGCUCUUCACAAAGCUCAACAGGACUCUCCAAAAUAUCGUCAAAAAGUAGGAAUGCUAAAAUAUGUGAUGUUUCACAGAGAUCGUCACAGGGGAAUAGUGCAAUACACCUUCAGAACUCAACAGACUCUUUUAUAAAUUUAGCAGGACAAUUCCCAUCAAAGGGUGAGCUGGCUGAAGGACUGAAACACACAGAGGCUAAAAUAAAAGAGUUAACAGCAGAGCUUAUAAAGCUCAAAGAAGUGGCUCAAAUUGUGAGUGCUAGCCCAACUAAAAACAGCCAAAAGAAAACAAGAAAGCCAAAUUCAUCUACCUCUAAUCAUUGGACACGUCGCACAUCCUCUAACUCCAGCUAUGUUAAAGCUGCUCACAAGAAAUAUGGACAAUCAAACACACAACAUGCAGCAAGAUACGUGGUUUCAAAGUACAAACUGAAAAAAGUACAUUCAAGAACCUUACUUGAAACAAAGUACAAGUCACAUGGCAAGGUGCAUGACUGUAAGAAAACAUUACACACCUUUCACCAUAAGCCAUCAGGAAAGCGUAAGCAGCCACACAAACCAAGCGUAUACAGGUGGAGCAAGCCAGGAAAACUGUUUCCAUUGACCCGGCAGACACUCGGUCAAUCAUCACACUUCUUUACUAGCUCAGGAAUUUCUCACAGAAAGCACAGUUAUAUGCAAACGGCUUUGGUGCCAUUCUGGAAAAGGCAGACUUUGUUGAGAGGAUCUUCAGGUCAAAGGCUAGCAGAAAACAGGCGUGUAUUUGGCAAUAGGCAUGUGUAUUUCAACAGAAACCUUCAUAAGCCCAUGCAGAGUUUCAGUGCUCCUAAAGGUUGUAGAACUAUCACUGUCAAUGGAGUCAAGUUUCAGAUAGGAACCACAGGGAAGACUCUGCAGCGGAUAAAUGCUGAAGGUGGCUCUUCAGAUGGAUGCUUACCUCAGAAGUCCAUAUCUCGGGUGGAUUUCAGAGGAGUUACUUACAGGGAGACCAAGCCUGGCAUGCUGGAGAAAUCCUCCUCCUGCCAGACGAGGAUCAGAGCAAAUCAAGCCCUGUACAAGAGCAUAGCUGUGAGCACAGGAAGGCACAAACUGAAGAAGACCAAUCGCCAGUACUGCAUGUUCUACUGUAGGUUUGGCAAGUGUAACAGGGGAGAUAACUGUUCUUAUGUCCACGAUCCAGACAAGGUGGCUGUCUGCACCAGAUUUCUAAGGGGUACGUGUAGAGUGGAGAACUGCCCUUUCUCGCACAAGAUUUCAAAGGAGAAGAUGCCUGUGUGUUCAUACUUCCUGAAGGGAGUCUGCGUACGAGAAAACUGUCCUUACAGUCACGUCAAUGUGAGCAGGGAUGCUAAAGUCUGCCACGACUUUGUGAGGGGCUACUGCCCACGAGGGGAAAAGUGCAAAGAAAAGCAUAUUUUAGAAUGUCCUGAGUUUGUGCGCACUGGUAAGUGUCCAGAGGGAAAGCAAUGUAAACUUGAGCACAGGAAGAAGCCCCUUAAGAGGAAGUUGUCCCUCAACCAGAGGCCUGCUACUCUGAUGAACAGGGAGGCUCUGCCUCAGGAAGUGAGAUCAGCUGGAACCUCUACAGACCAGCUGCCUGACCCGCUCCAGGGUGACCAGACCAAGGAACCAGUGCCCUUCAAGCUGAUGAAACUGCCUGCCUUCAUCUCCAUAGUCAGCUGCAAUGAUGAACCAAUGCCAUCUCAGGAGACACCUAAGCCAAUACCUGUCAAAACUCAACAGGAACAAGUUCGGAUCAAGCCUCGAUUGUGAUGGUCAUGUGGAUAGCCUUCGUGUGACCUGGUAAUUAUAAAGACAUUAAUAUUUAUGCUUUUAUUUAUCUGUAUAGUAAUUAAAGAAAUAGGAGUUUUUUCAGAAUGCCUUUUCAUUCUUAUUAUUUGUAAAGAUGUAUUUAUUUAGUACUGUAAAUGAGGUGUGAUUAGUUAUUAAAACUCUAACAGCCAUUUCCUUUGGAAUGAAGACAGACUUUUCUGCCUAAUGCCUUAGUCUUUCAGCACUUGGUGUCGAAGAGAUCACAUGGUGAAAAUGUCUCUCAGAAUAAACACUUGACUUGAGCAAGAAACUUGACACGUCAUUGGCAGUUAUGCCAUGAUCAGAAACAGAUAAAGAAAGACUUGAUUUUUUUAUAUUUCAUGUAAAAGAUGAUUGAUCUCAA